GGCUCUGCGUGAUGAGCGGUGCGGCCAUCUUCACAGUGAGGCACACGGACUGGCACCAAGCCUCGGAAAACACCUCCUACGGCUUCGCCUAUAUCCUGGCGUGGCUGGCCUUCCCCCUGGCCCUUGCCAGCGGCAUCAUCUACAUCAUCCUAAGGAAGCGCGAGUGA